ACGCGGACACACAUCCGGGCACCUCUGCGCAUCUGAGUCGUGCAAUACCUGUCAACGCCGAGGCUUCGGAUAGUACUGACCAUAGAGUGACCACCGAGUGACCCGGUGAUCCGACCGCCAUCAUGGUCACGUGUGCCGAGCUGUUUUCGGCCGGUCCGCCGGACAUCUGCAACUGUCUGUGGCGCUAUUGCUGCAGCAUAGUGUAUGGUGAUACUUACAAUAUUCAGCCCAGCUCCGACCCAGAAGACGUCGACGAUGCCGAACGACUUUAUGACGUCACCAAGGAGAGCAGCGGAAUCAUCAUCAGAGUGAUUCCUGAUACACUGAAGAGCAAUGGUUUCAGCGUAUGGGAUCAGGAUAUCAAGCAAGAUAAAGGUACGGUGUACAGGCGGCAGGGCGCACGCAGGUGGAAGAAAUGCAAGCGCUUUAAUGGCCACACGUUCGAAGCAAAGCGAUUCGGCAGUCAGAGGGCGAUCUGCGCGUUCUGCUCGGACCGCAUCUGGGGCAUCGGCGGGCCGGGCUACAAGUGCGUCUCCUGUCGGCUGCUCGUGCACAAGCGCUGCCAUCGGCUCGUCGACGUCGUCUGCCACGAGCCGCCGAGCACGCCGCGCACGCCCUCUAGCCGCACAACGUCGACGUCGGACACGACUCCGAUCAUCAGACGCGAGCAGAUUAACGGCAUCUGCACGCCGACCUUCCUGACGCCGAGGUCGACGCCACAGCCGACGCCCGCGGCGACACCUAGCGUCACGCCGGCGCUGACGCCCUGCGACACACCGACGAUAAUUCCGUACGGCGGCGACGUGGUCGCAUGA